CGGCAGGGGGCAGUGUCACCAAACCCCUCACAUGUUACGUCAGUGCUUUGCCAGAGGUCAGAGUUUACCAGGGAAUCUCCCUCGUGUCGCCUUAAAAAGAGGAGCAUAAAUUACAAAAACAGCAAAAUCUGGAGGAAUAAGCAGUCAUGUCCUCCUACACUUGUAUCAGCUGCAGAGUGGCUUUCGCAGACGGCGAGGUGCAGCGAGCACACUACAAAACCGACUGGCACCGUUACAACCUGAAGCGCAAGGUGGCCGACAUGCCGCCCGUCACCGCCGAAAACUUCCAGGAGCGUGUCCUGGCACAGCGAGCCGCCGCCGAGCAGCAGCUGAGCGAGGCGGCGGUCACCGAGGGCUGCGCCGUCUGCAACAAGAAGUUCUCCAGCGCCAACGCCUACCAGAACCACCUGCAGUCCCACAAACACCAGCAGGCCGAGAAGCAGGCCCUGCUGGCCGCCCAGAGGAAGGUGGAGAAGAUGAACGAGAAGAACCUGGAGAAGGGGCUCGGCGAGGAGAAGGCGGACCACAACGCCAGGAACGAGGCCCUGCGGCAAGCCCUGAAAGAGCAACACAGGUCCAGCCCGGCCAAGGGAGCCAAGGACCAGCCCGCGGGAGGAGCGACGAGGCCGAGGCCAGAGAAGCCACCCAGGAUGGUGUGGCUGGAGGAGCAGGCCAAAAGGAUGGGAGAGAGAGAGGAGGAGGGGGAGGGAGUCACAGAGGAGGAGGAAGACUGGGAGGACGUGGAUGAGGAUGAUGAGAUGGAGGAGGAGGAGGAUGAGGAUGAGGCAGAGGAGAUGAUGGUUCAGGGUGAAGGAGACGCCGGGGCUUCGUCUGCUCCCCACCCCGCCGCUCUGCCGGGCUCCAUCCCCGUCACCGACUGCCUGUUCUGCUCCCACCACUCCCGCUCGCUCAUGAAGAACGUCGCCCACAUGACCAAAGUCCACAGCUUCUUCAUCCCAGAUGUGGAGUUCCUGGUCGACCUCAAGGGACUCGUACGUUACCUAGGGGAGAAGGUCGGUGGCGGCAACGUGUGCUUGUGGUGCAACGAGAAGGGGCGUUCGUUUUACUCAACAGAGGCAGUGCAGGGUCACAUGACAGACAAAAGCCACUGUAAGCUCUUCACAGACGGAGACGCAGCGCUCGAGUUUGCAGACUUCUACGACUUCAGGAGCAGCUACCCCGACAGGAAGGAGGGAGAGGACGCCGAGAUGGAAGAUGAAGAGUUACCUGACGAUAAAAACCUGGAGUACGACGAUGAAACGCUGGAGCUGACCCUCCCUUCAGGCGCUAAGAUAGGCCACCGGUCCUUAAUGCGGUACUACAAGCAGCGGUUUGGAGCCCAGAGGACGGUGGCGCUGGCCCACAACAGGAACGCCGUGGGACGGGUCCUGCGGCAGUACAGAGCCCUGGGCUGGGGAGGGGACAUGGGCAGGAGCUCCUUCCAUCAGAACCAGAGAGACAUGCAGUACAUUCAGAGGAUGAAGUCAAAGUGGAUGCUGAAGAUGGGCAUGAACCACAACGCCACCAAGCAGAACCACUUCAGAGUCCAAGUCAUGUUCUAACGGACCGGAGGGGAACCAAACUGGGCCGAAGUGUGACAGGAUGUGGACGUUCAGCGGUUAACUUUCGGCAUUUUCCAGUCAACAAGAUUUACAGACUCGAGUAUGACCUCUAAAGGAUGCUUGGUUAGCUGGCAAAGGGGGGGCGCGAAGAGUAGACACACUUAAACAGCCCAAAUUCACCAGCGUUUGGCAUCUAGUGUUUGUCUCUUACCCUCUAAGUGAGGAUAUGAUGUCAGUGGAAUUGUCAAAAGCACCAAAGAGCCCAGAUCUUGGCUUAAACUGUGUUUCUUUUAAAAGCAAAAGUCUGCUAAUUCCCUGCUGGUCGGUGCUUAAUGCAAACUCGGAGAUUAUCCAACUGGGAAAAAUCUGCGGAUAAACAUCUUUUUCUUUACCCAACACAGAGAAAUACUGCUCCCCAUGAAAAGAUUGUGUUGACGAUGCUUGGCAAUGUUGGCUUGCAGUGAAGUUAAACUUGGAAAUUAUAUUUAUGAUUCCUACGCAGCUGUCUUUACAUUUAAGGUCGUUCAGCGCUCAAAAUAGAACUUAAAAAUCCUCCAAAUAAACUAAACAGUAAUUUAAAGUCGUAAUCACGGGGGGAUAUUUCACAAAGCAGGAUUAGCAAGUUAAUGAAAUAACCUCAAGAAAUGUUAUCUGGAUUAUUUUUUUAUUAGCAAUCAGCAACAGGCUUGGCUGAAUCACAUUCCUAAAGCUACUUUUCAAGUUUUGUUUCACAGAAUUAAAACUCUAUCACCCAAGACAUGGCAUAGUCUUUUGCAUUUACCUGGCUAACUCUCUGUUGUUGUUUUGUGAGAUAAACCCCAGAUGGCCCACCAUUAAACUGACCCGUCAGGUGAAUCCAGGUGGAAGCCACGAUGCCUCAGUCACAGAACACCUCAGUCAUGAAGGGCAGGUGGAGAUAAAUGAAAAGAUUUUAAAAAUACUGACAGCUGAGAUCUGGAUUGUGUAAAGGUGCUUAAAAACUGGGAUUUCUAAACACUGUUUUUGCUUAAGUAAUAAUGAAUUUACAUCUGUAUGAUUCAUCCUCCUGUAAGUACCUACAAGAAAAUAAAGAUAUAAUUUAUAUUCUGUCGGA